AUCAUCAACAUUAACACCAACAUCCUCAUCAUCAUCAUCAUCAUCGUCAACACCAACAUUACCAUUGAAAAAAAUAAAAUCCAAUUCAUCAAGAUGUUAUUAUUUUGACAUAAUUUUAAUGGCCAUAUCAGUGUUUGGAAUUUUACUUUUAUCAAUAUUUUAUUAUUCAACAUGGACUGUAAAUUAUAAAUAUUCGAUUGCCAUCGAUUCUGGUUCAACACAUAGCCGUGUUAUAUUGUUUAGAUGGAAAGCUGAUAAAUUAAAUAAUACCGGAUUGAUUGAAGAGAUUAAUUCCUGUAAAAUUAAUCAAGGAAUUGCAUCAUAUGUUAAUAAUGAUGAUAAUAAAGUGGUUGAUGAUAUUUUCAAAUGUAUACAAAAUAUAACGGUCGAUUUGAAGAUUAAAAAUGAAAGUCUAUAUGUAUAUUUAGCAGCAACAGCUGGUAUGAGAUUAUUAUAUCUAACCGACCAGAAUUUAGCAACCAAAAUACUUGAUCAAAUACGAAAUGAAUUUCAAAAAUCAGGUAUGAUUGUAAAACGAAUAUCUAUUAUCACUGGCCAAGAAGAAGGAAUGUUUGCCUGGAUUGCAGCCAAUUAUCUUUCCGGAACAUUGUUUUCAAAUAAAUCGAUCGGAAUAUUGGAUAUGGGUGGUGCAUCAGCACAGAUUGCUCGUGCUAUACGAUCGAAAGAUAAACAGAAUGAUGAUGAUGAUGAAAAUUAUAAACAAAUUCGUUUAUUUGGAAAUGAAUAUUUAAUUCAUACAUUUAGUAAUCUUUGUUUUGGUUCUGAACAAGCAUUAUAUCGUUAUAUUCGUUUAUUAAUCUCAAGACAUACGGAUAAAAAUAAUACAAUUAAUGUUGCUUGUUUUCCACGCGGUUAUCAAACAUCAUCAACAAAAUAUCCUAUAAAUAAUAAUGUCUGUACAGAAAUGAAAUCAGAAUCAGCAAAUACUAAUAAUAAACAUAAUGAAUAUGAUUUAAUCGGUACUGGACAAAUAGAACAAUGUCAAAAGGAUAUUGAUUGGUUAUUGAAUCGACAAAAAUGUGAAGAAAAUUUUAAAAUCUGUUUUAAAAAUAUUACCAUUGAAUCAAAUGAUGAUUAUAAUAAUCAACAAAUGAAUCUAUUUUAUGCUAUAUCAACAUAUUAUUAUGAAACAAAAGUAUUAGGAUUUGAAAAAUUAGAAAACAUAUCACGACAACAGUAUUUAAAUGAAUAUAAACGAUUGUGUACAAAAACAUUUGAUGAAUUGAAUAAUGAACUUCGUAUUGAUAUUAAAUAUACAUCAAAUAAGUGUUUUAAAUUACCAUUUAUAAUCAGCACAUUAACCAACAUUUAUAAAUUCAAUGAUAAAACAUGGCCUCUAUUAAAAUUUGCCCAUGAUGUAAACAAAACUUAUCUUGGUUGGAUAACUGGUAUGAUGAUCAAUGAAUCUAAUGAGAUUGCAAGCGAACAGCCAAUAAUUUAUUUUAUUUCUAAUGUAAUCUAUUGGGCAAUGAUAAUCACAUUCAUCAUGAUAUUCAUUAUCAGUGUUAUAAUUGUUUAUAAUUUGAAAAUUCAUCGAAAAAUUGGCAAACAGAAACGAGUAGUACAUAAUACAUUCGUUUGAUUGAAACAUUAAAAAAAUAUGGCGCGUUUAGUCAAAAAUUUAAAAAAAGAAAAA